AAAAUCAAUCCCACAAUGAGAGUGCAUUAGAAGGAAUUUUGACAAGUUCUGUGAUAUCUGCAGAUCAGCAAAGACCACUCACAUUCUACGUUUUCCGACAUGAUCAGCUCUAACAAAUCAGGUCCAGAAAUGGCAGCGGAAACAUCCAAAAAUCAAGAAUUUUCUGAGGACGAUCUGUUCGAACUCACCAUGGAGAAAAAAUGGCAAGAAGUUGCCGAAAUCUACCAAAAACAUCCCAUUGCUCACGCAACCAAGCUCACCAAAUCUGAGGAGACAGCUCUGCACAUAGCCGUCUCUAGUUACCAUCCCAGCUGGCCCAGCCACGCCUCCUACAUCCAGCAAAUGAUCGCCUUCAUAGAGAAAAACGUCGGCCACGUCUCAUUACCCGACAUCCUGUCAAUGCAAAACGUUAACGGAGACACCCCUCUCCAUCUCGCAGCAGCAGUAGGGUGGGUGGAAAUUUGUGAGUGCAUAGCCUCAAAGCAUCGGGACCUGAUCAGCAUACGCAACAUGAAGGGCGAGACACCUUUGUUCAUUGCAGCUCAUCACGGGAAGCUGCAAGCCUUUCUCUGCCUGCACGAACUCUACAACGACAAGAAAGAUCAACAGACGGCUGAGGCCGAGCCUGAUGAGUCUCUCUGUAGGAGGAGAGACGGGAACACGAUUUUACAUUCGGCGAUCAAUGGACAAUACUUUAAAUUAGCUUAUCAGAUAAUCAGCUACUACCCGAAGCUGGUUGAUUUUGUGAAUGUUGAGGGAGAAUCACCCCUCCAUGUCUUAGCCAGAAAGCCUAAUGUGUUCAAAAGCAGCAGCCACCUGGGGUUCUAUGAAUCAAUUAUCUACCACUGUAUGUUUGUUGAUGAGCUGAGGCUGCAGAAGUAUGAUCCAGGUGCCAGACAAAAAGGUUAUUACCCGGCCAGUAGUGAUCGGAUCAAGCUCCCGGAGAACUACAGAACAUGCGUGGCCAUCUUCCUAUUGAUAUGGACUCCAAUUUCAAAGAGCAUUUUAGCUGGUUUUCCAUUCCGCAUGAAACAGAAUGUCUGUCGAGAUGAUGAUGAAGAAAAUCAGGAGUCUCAAAUGCUUGUUUCAUUUCCUGCCAAUUAUGCUACUUGUAUACUGCUUUUCAGAUUUGCAAUGAAGGUCAUCCUCAUUGUUCUUGGAGUUGGGUAUUGGAGGAUAAGAGAGAUUCAAGAGAAGAAAGAACGUCACUCUCAUGCCUUUGAGAUUAUGACUAAAAUGAUCGAGCACUACGCUGUAUCCAAAUACAAGUACGAUAGCAACGGCCAGCGCCCUGUCCUGAAACCACAACAAGAAUUCUUGGAAGGCAUCGAAAUUCCAGACACUCCGCCUCCUGCUGAUGAUCAUGAAACCGGCAGUCGGACAACUUCCUCGACUAAAGCUCAACACAAGAAUGGCAGUGAGAUGGAUCAAAAUAAACCUGUGGAAAAGGCCCCAAAUGUCUUAGUGAAGAAGGACACUCCACUACUAGUAGCAGCAAAGAUGGGAAUCCUUGAAAUGGUGAAGAAAAUAAUCGGCACAUGCCUGGUGGCAAUCCAGGACCAGGACGCCAAUGGGAAGAAUGUGCUGCUGCUUGCUGCCGAAAAUAGGCAAACCAGUGUGUUUGAUUAUCUGCUGAAGACAAAUCUCCCAGAAUACAUGUUUCAUCAACUGGACGAUGAGGGCAACAGCAUUCUGCACCUGGCAGCAAAGCUGGGAGAAUUCCAGCCUUGGCGCAUCCCGGGGGCUGCUCUGCAGAUGCAGUGGGAGAUCAAAUGGUACAAGCAUGUGAAAAGGUCAGUUCCAGACCUAUUCUUUGCUCACCACAACCUGAACCGUGAGACCCCAAGGGAGAUCUUCACAAGAACACACCAAAAGCUAGUGAAGGAAGGCAACGGAUGGCUGAUAAAGACGUCCGAGUCCUGCUCAGUCGUGGCUGCCCUCAUAGCCACUGUUGCCUUCGCUACAUCAGCCACCGUUCCGGGUGGCCUAGACCAGAAAACAGGACAUCCAAUCCUUGCAGACGAAACAGCAUUCGAUGUUUUCUCAAUCGCUUCCCUCGUGGCUCUCUGCCUGUCCGUGACGGCCCUUGUUUUCUUCCUUGCAAUCAUCACUUCACGGUGUGAAGAGAACGAUUUUCAAGUGAACUUGCCGAGGAAGCUGUUAAUGGGGCUAACCUGCCUGUUCGCCUCGAUAGCUGGAAUGCUGUUGUCUUUUUGUGCAAGCCAUACUUUUAUCUUGAGGGACAAGCUAAGGAUUACUGCAGUGCCCAUAUAUGCCGUUGCCGGCAUACCAGUAACGUUGUUUGCCAUUGCGCAGCUCCCAUUGUACUUUGAUCUUGUGUGGGCUGCAUGCAGAACAGUGCCACAGCGCAGUUACAAGGUGUUCUCUGAAUAGGUUUAUUCAAAUCAAAUUUGCCCAAAAUCGAACCAAUUACACGGACUGAUCACUCUCUUGAAAAUGUAUUACACUUUCUGUAUAAUUAACUUAAUUCUGACAAAAUCCAGUCCGAGCUAGAAUUUUCCAUACUUCUACUUGAUUUUUGUCUUAAGUGUGGACCAUACAUCUGUAAAUAAAAUGCUCGUCGAGAA